CGUCUCGUUCCUGCACGGCACUAUGGGGCAGCCAGUCCACUAAGCCGCAUUGGGGUUCUACGUUGAGAAGCUGGGCGGCCCCGUGACAACAACCGCACUUCGUGUUGUCCUAGACGAGCGUGCAACACGAAGUAUCUGACAGCUCGGCAGCGGGCAGAGUCGCAGAGCUUAGGGCUUUGGUGUUAACUUGCCGUGCUUGGCAGUGAGUAAUGUAGCCGACGAUGUCUUGUGGCACACAAGCCCAUCUAUCCAUCACAGGCCAAUGUGCGGAUGUCUUGCAAUACGAUAGCAUGUUCAGAUGCAACGCUGCGUGUCAUCGUGGGCAGGUGACGGAUGUUAUUCUGGUCGAGACGUAGUGGCGAGAAUGAGUAUAUAAGAUGGCAUGAUCACUUCAUCCAGGGGGCUUAUUUCAUCACCACCACCAUCAGUCAUCAGACCCGCAGACACUGGAACAAAGAUUUUUAAUACAUAUAACAUAAUAUUUAAUCUUAAAAAAUUCGAUCUCGUCUCACCCGCCAACAUGCACUUCAACACCAUCUUCCUCGGCGCCCUAGCCUCAGCCACAGCCCUUGCUGCCCCGGCCGCCGAGCUCACCGAGCGCGCGGACCCCAACUGGACCAUCUUGGGCCUGAAGCGCGUGUGCGAUGCGAGCGACAAAAGUUGCGCCUGGAGCUUCAGCGUCGACACACACCUGGCGGCCGCGACGGCGUGCUCGUUCACUAUCGCCAGCCAGGGCGGCCAGCCCGCGAGUCAGAGCCCCGGCAACGGCGCCUCCUGCGGUGCCUACACCGUGACCAGCGGCUGGAGCGGCCAGUUCGGUCCCGGCAACGGCUUCACGACAUUGAGCGUUGUCGACUACGGGAAGAAGAAGAUCACCUGGCCUGCAUACACGGACAAGGAGCUCGCGAAUGGCGCUGUCGUCUCGCCUGACAAGAGCUACCCUGUUUCCAACCUGUAGACACGGCUUAUGUCGUGAUGGGUUACUGGCAACACGGGCAAUGGCUUACCACAACGAAUGACGAGUAACGCGGUUUGUAGAAAACAGGACACAAGGAAGAAAGUAAUGGAAGACUUCCAAAAUCAAUGUGGAUGUUUAUGUAUUGUGCACUGAGGUUCCAGACAAAAAGGCCUACAAAUAUAUACAAGAAAAUUGCCGCA